UGUUUUGAAUAGAUGGAUUCUUCCCCCCAGCUGAGGUGCGACGUGAUGGCAGAGGUGGCGACCACCGGUGUCUCCUCGCGGGCUGAGAGAAAAGCUUUGGAAAAGGCCCGAAUACUGGAGCGGGAGAGCGAGAGGAAGAUCUUCCGACUGGUGGGUCGAGUCCUGAAGAAACCCGAGGCCGAGCGCUCAGAGGAGGAGGCCGCCGUGUUGCUGCUGCACACAGACACCGCGGAGGAGCUGAGCAGGAGACACGUCCGCAGCAGGGUCCUGAAGAGGAAGCAGGAGGAGGUGUAUGAUGACGCCGAGGGGCUGCAAAGUAAAGUCAGACAGCUGGCUGUGGCAAUCAAACAAGCACAUCACCUGGUGGUUUACACUGGAGCCGGGAUCAGUACGGCAGCUUCUAUCCCAGACUACAGGGGUCCUAAUGGGGUGUGGACACAGCUACAGAAGGGACGGACAGUCAAUUCCUCGGACCUCAGUAAAGCAGAGCCGACCCUCACACACAUGUGCAUUAGGAUGCUUCAUAAGGAGAAGAUGGUAAAUCAUGUUGUGUCUCAAAACUGUGAUGGACUUCACAUGCGAAGCGGCCUACCCAGGAACGCUCUGUCUGAGCUCCAUGGAAACAUGUUUAUUGAGGUCUGCACAGGCUGUUCCCCCGUUAGAGAGUGUGUUCGCGUAUUUGACGUGACGGAGCGGACAUCGCUGCACCGGCACGGGACAGGCCGCCGGUGCAGCCAGUGCUCCGGUGAACUGAGGGACACCAUAGUGCACUUCGGGGAACGCGGGACCCUGGAGCAACCGCUUAACUGGAGGGGAGCUGCAGAGGCUGCCACGAGGGCGGAUGUUAUUCUCUGCUUAGGCUCCAGUCUGAAGGUGCUGAAGAAAUACGCUUGUCUCUGGUGCAUGAACAGACCAGCCAGCAAAAGGCCCAAACUUUACAUUGUCAACCUCCAGUGGACACCGAAAGAUGAUCUGGCUACGCUGAAAAUUAAUGGCAAGUGUGAUGACGUGAUGAGCCUCCUCAUGGAAGAGCUGGACUUUCAGACGCCUGUGUAUGACAGGGCAGACGACCCCAUCUUCACUCUAGCAACUCCUCUGGGGCCAGAGGAAGUGGACAGCCAUACCCGUGAGGUCAUAGCUCCCCCUGAUGGUGAGCAGGAGAUUUCAGCCGACCCUGGAGGACAAGAAGAAGGCACAGCUGUGCAGGGCGGCUGGUUUGGCCGAGGCUACAAUAAAGGAAGGAAGAAGAAGAAAAAGGCUACAUAACCGAGUGAACUCUACAGAUUGGAAUACAUUGUGGCUACGUAUAUUGUAGCUUCCUGAGAUUGAUCCAAAUGAGGAGUUCAGAUUUCUGUCCCUUCUACUCUGACUUGAAUUUAUAAGGUGCUGUAAUGUUCUUGGCUGCCUCUGUCAUUUAACCACGUGCACUCAGUGUGUGUGUGAAGGUAAAAAUAAGAUUUGAAAUUUCCUAUUUGAAAAUCGCACUUUGCACCCUGAACUUGCACAACUUACAUUUUCAGCAGGAUUUAAAUGUGUUACAAACAGUGCUACUUCUGUUUCUUAUGCUACUGUCCUGAUGCUAUCUCGACGGGAAGGUUAAGCCAGAGCUAACCUUUAGCCCAGCACGGUUAGCACAGCCUGUAAAGACUUAAAGUACGUUUGAACAGCAAAACCAUGUUACUCUUAGUUUUUCCAAAAACUAAUGAGGACCUUUUUAAGUGUCUCACAACCUUUUGGCUUAAGAAGUGGCAGCUUUUCUUCAGAUAGUCGCAGUAGUGUGGAGUUCUUUAAUCACUCCUGCAGCAUUCUGUGUACUCAGUAUAUCACAAAUACAGCACAUCGUCAUAGUCACGUUUGACGCCUGCCUGUGCUGAAUGAUUUUUGGUAGAAUAUCAAUUUAAAUCCUAUUUAAUGUGUAUUUUUACAGAGUUAGUAGAGCAUACAUCAAAGCAACAAAUUGUAUGUGCAACAUGCUGCUGGACUGAGCAUUAGCUAGAGGCAAUUAGCCAGAAAAUGCAGGGGUCUUAAGUGAAAGUUACUGAAUUGAGCGUUCCAUCAGUGGAACAACAGCAAUAUACCAAAGGCCAAUUUCUGGAUUCUGUGAUGACACCACUUUAACUGAGAAGAGAUUAACAAAAAGGGUGGUCAAUCAUUUACUAUGUUUCUUGAAUUGGUCAAAACAAAUAUUUUUUGUAUUUUUGCAGACAUCUAAACAGGCAUUGAUGAA